GUAAAUUUGGAAAGCACUACAAAAACAGACAAAACAGACUCUGUAGUGGCUGGAGAAGGAACACAAUCAUCGUGAGUAGUGAAGGAAUUCAGAAACAACUUUUGACAAUGUAAGAUAAUUGCAGAGAUACAACUGACUAACAUAUAAAAGAAAAAAUACCUAAGAAUCUACUUUAUACAAACAUCUAUUUGAGCUCUAAAAUGAACCAGAUUUAUAAUCUGUGUCUUCAUAUCAGUGUUUUUUAAAACACUAUCAUUGCAGGUAUUUACAGGAAAUGUGAGGGACUCAAAGGUAUGGAGCUAAGGAUGCUGGGAGGGGGGAAGAACAGGGAGAGGGCGGGAUCAUCACAUUGAAUGAAAUUAAAAGCGGUGCGACUUAAAGGGGGAUAAGAAGGGAGGGAGACAUGGGAUAAGAGAAAGAGAGGAGGCGCAAAAAGAGAUGGAUAAUAAGUGGACUUCCCCCUCCCCCUCCCCUUUGCUCCCGUGGAGAGGUAGGGGCUGCCUGCCCUCCAACCCCCAUUUAGGAAGGAGGAAAAAAAAAAAAAACCUUUGUGAAACUUUUCUUGACAGAGGGGAGGAGAGGCAGAGUGAGCACAGAGGAGAGGCAGUUCAGAAUCCAAUUCAGAGAGACAGAGGAAGAGGCAAAUUAGUCAGUGAGGGGAAAAAAACGAGGAAUCUCGAAGGAAGUCUGAGGAAGUCAUGGAUUUGCAGCACCGAGCAAUGUUUCUCCUGCAAGGAUUAGACUUGAGGAAGCGUAGUAGUGUGUAGCAUCAUCAUCAUCAUCACUCCUGUCCGUCACCAUGCCGUCUGUCUCUCUCAGCCUGCCGACAGCUCUGGCAGGACCUGCACGCACCUGGGUCUGUCUGUCCUGCAUGUUCUGGCCGGAGGAGUUGGAGGCUCUUCAUUCCCACACGUUCCGGCUGAAGACUUUCAAGAAGUCCAAGCAGUGCAGUGUGUGCAAACAAACCAUCGUCCAGGAUGGACUCCUCUGCAGAGUGUGCCGAAUAGUUUGCCACAAGAAAUGUGAAGUCAAGGUAUCUUCCCCUUGUGUUCCAGCAGCAAACUAUGAGCUGGCACCUAGCAGCGACCUCUCUCUGAAACAUGUUGACACAAUGGGUUCAACGAAAUCUUCAAAGAGCAUGGAGUCUCGACGCCGACCAUCAAGGAGCACCAGUCUGCUGCAGGCCCUGGACGAGACCUACGAGCUGGACUUGGUGUAUAUCACAGAGCGGAUCAUCUCCGUCUCUUUCCCGGGCAGCGUGGAGGAACAGAGCUACGCCGUCAACCUGAGGGAGGUUGCCUCCAUGCUGCGCUCCAAACACGGACACAACUACUUGCUCUUCAACCUCAGCGAGAAGCGUUAUGACAUCAACCAACUGAACCCAAAGGUGUUGGACUUUGGUUGGCCUGACCACCACGCUCCUGCCCUGGACAAAAUCUGCAGCAUCUGCAAAGCAAUGGACACGUGGCUGAGCGCAGACAGCCACAAUGUUGUCGUAAUACACAACAAGGGUAAUCGUGGCAGAACUGGAGUGGUGGUGGCAGCCUACAUGCAUUACAGCAACAUAUCUGCCAGUGCUGACCAGGCUCUGGACAGGUUUGCUAUGAAACGCUUCUACGAAGACAAAGUACUUCCUGUGGGUCAACCAUCCCAGAAAAGAUAUGUGGAGUACUUCAGUGGCUUGCUUUCCGGACACAUCAAGAUCAACAACAAACCCCUUUUCCUUCAUCAUGUCAUCAUGCAUGGCAUUCCCAACUUUGAAGCCAAAGGAGGUUGUCGUCCCUUUCUGAAAAUCUACCAGGCCAUGCAGCCCGUCUACACAUCUGGGAUCUAUAACGUCCAAGGUGACAGCCAGACGAGCAUUUGCAUAACCAUCGAACCUGGUCUUCUCUUGAAAGGAGACAUCCUGCUCAAGUGCUACCACAAACGUUACCGCAGCCCGUGCAGAGAUGUCAUAUUCCGGGUCCAGUUCCACACGUGUGCUGUUCACGACCUGGGACUUGUCUUUGGGAAGGAAGAGCUUGAUGAAACAUACAAAGAUGAACGGUUUCCAGAAUAUGGAAAAGUUGAGUUUAUUUUCUCCUUUGGACCAGAAAAAAUACAUGGUCAAGGUAUGGAUCACCUGGAGAACGGGCCGAGCGUCUCGGUGGACUACAACACACAAGAUCCUCUGAUUCGGUGGGAUUCCUAUGAAAACUUCAAUCAGAGCUGUGAGGACGCCACAGAAGAAGUAAUCCAUACCCAAGGACCUUUGGACGGAAGCCUGUAUGCCAAAGUUCGUAAAAAGGAAUCCCUUGAAGGAGCGGUCACAUCGAACGGCCUCCCGUCCACCACUGCCGAGCACGCCCUGCCCACUGUGGACCACGCGCUGUCUGUGAGCAGCGACUCAGGAAACUCCACUGCCUCCAUCAAAACCGACCGAACCGAUGAAGCAGCUCUUCAGGUCUCCACAGUGAGCCAGACGCACAUUCCUGUGGGGGAGGAGUUACCCUCUGUCCACCACCCUCCAACACCUGUUCAGCAGCCGAUAAGUCCUCAAGAGAAAAAAGAGCUUGAACAACUACUGAGCGGCUUGGAGGGGCCCAUGAACCGACAGGCUUACCUGUCCACCCCAGCAUCUGCUCCUGGAGGGAUGCUCCACCUCGUGCCCGCCCAGGUCCACGUUAACGGGAACACUAGCAUCGACCGAGAAACCGACAUUCUAGACGAUGAGCUGCCAACCACUCAAGAGGGCAACAGCGUGGACAGCCUGGGGACUUUUUCCUCCACGGAUGGGCGGGCUACUCCAGCUGAUAUGUACUUCCAAUCUGAGCCCGUCAUCAACGGCCAAGAUCACGUGCCGUACCUGGAGCGCAGCGUCCCAGAGAAACCCAUGGACUUCACCCAAUCCAAAGUUCUUAAGUCGGACAAAUCCACCAGUUUGAACCAAAACAAUUCCUCCCCAGCAAAUUACAUGGCUCUUCAGAAUGGCAGUCUGUAUCGCUCUCACUCAUUUGGCACAGACCUUAAGUCAAUGCCGCAGGCUCCCGCCCGCACGACAAGCAGCAGAGAGGCGGUCCAGCGUGGUCUCAAUAUUUGGCACCAGUUUGGAAUACCUGAGGAGCCACUCACUGAGGGCCUUACUUUUAGCCCGCCUCCUCCUGUUGGAAUGUCCAGCCACCACAGCCUGCCACAGUUUCCUCAUCGCCACAGUGCCUCCCAGCAAGAGAUCGAGCAGUCUAUCGAAACCCUCAACCUGCUAAUGUUGGACCUGGAACCAGGCCGUUCAGCUGUGACAAAAUCCCAAAGUGCUCCGUUGAGGGAAAACAGUUUUGUCGUAACCACCCAGCCGUCCUUCUCUCAGAACCAAGCCAGACCCUCUUAUCCGGUCGAGGCUGCCGUUCAUACCCUCGCCGGAGGCCCAACCAGCCUCGGCAGCCACUCGCCAUCAGCUCAGAUAUCACAGGCGAAGCCCAGCACUCCAGAGCCUGCACCUGUCCACAGACCUUUGACUUCUGAAACAGUUGGAGCCACUUUUUCCUCACAGGUCUUCCCCUCCAUAAGUGUUUCUCUCCAGCAAAAAUCCGUCAGCACAUUCCCUCCAAGUACGCAGCUCCGUUCCUCGGAGGUCUCUGAACCCCAAAGAAUCCUCACUUCCGACUCCACCUCACCUCAGCUAAGAGAGAGCGAGCCAGAUGAGGUCUGCAACGUUGAAGGGCUGGUGGCCCAAAGAGUUGCUGAGUACACGGCUCGCGCCCAAAGCGCCAUCCCAAGCAUGACCUUCGCUCAGUCUGAGCAUCGUCGUUCUCACUCCCUCUCGGGUGUUCAGGCACGUGCAGCUUCCUUUGACGAUCCUUCAACUCUUCCCCGCCGUCGCAUCACCAGUGAGGGUCAUUCUGAUGACGGCAAAUCUCCUGAUAUCCCAAUGCGCUCCCCGAUUCGAUGCGUCUCUCCAGAAUUUGUCAACGCCAUAGCGAUGAACCCUGGUGGACGGCCAAAGGAGAGAAAUCUGCACAGCUACAAGGAGGCCUUUGAAGAAAUGGAUGGAGGACCUGUCAGUCCUACACCCACAGUUGGUGGUGAGGUGUUUCCCCAAACCCCUGCCUUUCCCAUGUCACCGCAAACCCCUUACUUCAACCUGUGUCGCUCUCCUCCUGGUCUUGCUAAGACCCCCCUGUCAGCUCUGGGACUGAAGCCUCACAACCCGGCAGAAAUCUUACUUCAUCAAACAGGCUCAGAUGAUGAAAUCAGUGAGUGUGAGGAAGCGCCAAGGAGCUAUGUAGAGUCUGUGGCAAGGUCAGCAGUGUCAGGCGGAGAGCCGUCCACGUCGCCCCGAAGCCUCAGCCCUCCAGAGGAUGUAAAGGCUCAGCUGGGAAAUCUCAGUCCCAGCACCCAAACAAUGAACCCACCUUUGUCCAGCAGCAGUCCCAUCCGGGGCUCACAGGGUGGACACCUCUUAGUUGACAGCAGUGUUAGCACUUCAUCCCAACCAACUACUGAUUCUGGAUUCCAGUCUCAAGCUACAGAAAGUUCAUUUCCCACUCCCACUCCAUCCUAUCAGGCACCAGCAACCCCUGCUUCUUCCUACCUGGAUUCUAGCUCUCCAGUCUCCUCCCACCUGGGCAACACCACCCCAACACAGUCCUACUUUGGGUCUAACAGUGUACUAGGGGGUUAUGUGGCUUCCGAGCCCGGAUUGUCUGUUUCAGAGCCCAAUAAGACAAUAUUAAACCACAGAAGUCCCUUUGUGGAUCAGGGUCUUUAUCAACAACUGAAUGCUAAACAAGAUGGCUCGAUAUGGUUGGCUCAAAAAUCUCCUGCCAAUGGGUUUGAGGUGGGUGUUGCAGGUCUAGGCGGUAGUCCGGUUCUUGGUCGUCGUCUGUCUCAGGGCGCCCAGGCCAGCCCUGUUCUCAGUCGACAGGCUUCUCUGGGACAGAUGUCCCAUCACAGCCCGGUCCUCAGCAGGCAGCCCUCCUUGGCUCAGCCUAUUCAGACCAGCCCUGUGCUCAGCAGACAGCCUUCCAUCACAAACCAACAAGGAAGCCCAUUGUUAGGCCGACAUCCAUCUGUUUCACAGAUGUCCCAGAGAAGCCCCAGUUUGGACCGGCACCCGAUUCACAGUGGCUACACCACCCCAGAUGAACGGCAUGGGAAUCUGUCGAGGCAGAGCAGCUCCUCAGGAUAUCAGGGGCCACCCACGCCCUCCUUCCCCAUCUCACCUGCAAGCUACCAGGAUGGAGGGAUAGUUGGGAUUGGUGGUUUCAGGCAAGGCAGCCCGGCCCCUUCCGCCCAACCCCAGCUCCCAGAGAAGAGGCGCAUGUCCAGUGGUGACCGACCAAAUGGAGCUCUUUCUUAUGGCACCAUAAACGGGAAGAUCAUGUCUCCCAUGAGUGGAGGGAGCACUCCCAGUUACUUUCACACACUUUCUGACUUCUCAAGGUUCAAUAUUCCCGACGGAAGCCCAGAGAAUCGGCUCAACGUUAAGUUUGUCCAAGACACAUCCAAGUUCUGGUACAAACCGGAAAUCUCCAGGGAACAAGCGAUCAGCCUGCUGAAAGACAGAGAGCCCGGAGCUUUUGUCAUCCGGGACAGCCACUCGUUCAGGGGAGCGUAUGGUUUGGCGAUGAAGGUGGCCACGCCUCCUCCCUCUGUACAUCAAAGCAAGAAAGGUGACAUCACCAACGAGCUGGUGAGACACUUCCUGAUCGAAAGCAGCCCUAAAGGAGUCAAACUCAAAGGUUGUCCCAACGAGCCUUAUUUUGGCUGUUUGUCGGCUUUGGUUUACCAACAUGCCAUCACGCCACUGGCCCUACCGUGCAAAUUAAUCAUCCCUGCCACGGAUCUCAUUGACGAAGCUCCUGAAGACACUACAGCCAACCCAGUGGUGGAACGAUUAAAACAAGGAGCAGUGCAGAGGGAUCCUGCUGAUUCCCAUGCAUGCAACGUUCUCUACGUCAACUCUGUGGAGAUGGAAUCUCUGACGGGUCCUCAAGCUGUCGCUAAGGCCAUUUCAGAGACAUUGGCCGCUGCGGCGCCGCCUACUGCCACCGUUGUGCACUUCAAGGUGUCGUCGCAAGGCAUCACACUCACUGACAACCAGAGGAAGCUUUUCUUCAGACGACACUACCCCACCAACACUGUCACCUUCUGCGACACCGACCCGCAAGACAGGAAAUGGAACAAGCCUGAAGGAGGCGCAGCAAAGCUGUUUGGGUUUGUGGCGCGUAAGCAGGGAAGCACAACAGACAACGUCACACACCUCUUUGCUGAGCUGGAACCGGACCAGCCCGCCAGCGCCAUCGUCAACUUUGUGUCCAAGAUGAUCGCGUCGCAGAAGCGAUGAGGGCUGCCAGCAAGAGCUCUGGAGUGUCAUGGGUUUUUUUUUAUUUUUUAUUUUUUUUUUUUUUUUUUUGCCUUUCGCCUUUUUUCCUUUUCUUGCUCUUUUGAAUCCAAGCGGAUGCAUGUGAGCGCACAUGUCUGUACGCAUGUGCUUUCAUUCUUGGACCGGCUUCAGAACGAAUCAGAGGAAGUGCAGGAUGGGGGUGUGGCUUCUGGUGACAAUGGUACUGUGAGGGUGGGGUUGGUUUUCAUCACCAUAGAACAGAAGAACAGGAAGAGGGAAUGAUCAUGUGAGCAAAUGUUAUUUUUUGCAGUUUUUGUAUUUAAAAAAGAAAAAAAAGAGAAAAAGUCAAGUAGUGUGAUGUAACGAUGGAUUGUAAAUCUUUCAAGCUUUCGACUGGUCAACCAAAGAUUUAAAAAAAAAAAAAAAAAGCAGUCAGGGCUGUACAGUUUGUGUCAGAAGUAUUCUUUUGUUAAACAAACAUGGCUGCUUAAUCAAAAAAAAAUCCUGUUAGGAAAGCGUUUCUUUCUUCCUGUACUGAACUGAUACUGUAGGUCAAUUCUGCAUCUUUUGCAAUAAGUGUCGGACAUUUUUGCAGGUUUGUAAAUAAUCCAGUUAAGCUUUUUGACAGUGCCUAACAUUUCUUUGUCAAUGCAAAGCCUUUUUUUGUUUUUUAAGAAAAAAAAACUAUCAAAGAAAAGCAUAAAACAUAUUCAUGCUCUCUAAAAUAUGCAAAAAGACACAUUUUAUUUACUGAAAAGAGUUAGUGGGUCCUUCUUUGUUAGGUUUCAGCUCCACUUUUUAACUGUUUAUGUCAAGGCAGAGAUGGAAGGAUUGUUAAACUUUCUAGCAGCUCAUAACACAUUUGAAGAAUUUUUUUAAGGAUCUGCAAAAAAAAUGCUUUUGUGAGUUUAAUAUGUAGAAAGGAACUUUUGUCAGCAAGAACACAAAAUUAAGCUAUACGUAAAUAUAUAUAUAGAUAUAUAUAUAUAAAACUUCAAAACAGUAAUAUUUAUUUUUUUGUUUUUGCUUUUCUUUGCAUAUCUUGUAUACAUGUAUUAUAAAAAGUACACAUCAAGAUUAGUGAAAGCAGAAAGAGAUUGCUUUUAUUUUCACAUGUGCGUUGCCAUAUAUAAGGUGUAAAGUGUGUGCAUUGAAAAAGUGUAUCACUGUUUCUUAUUUUGUCGUCAGCAUAUUCAGUUUUUCCUGUUAACAUUUUCAUGUUUUGUUGUUUUAUUAAGAUGAGAUUUAGUAUGGAAGAUUGCCUCAACCUCUAACGUGAUGCCAAACACAUUUGUUGAAAUGAGUUAUAACCAACUAAAGACGUGUUGUCCACGUUUUAGCACUUAAACGUUCAAGUAUUACGUCAAAAAAGACCAUUUGGAUACAGACGGGCCCUUUUUUGUUUUUCUCUUUUAUUUUUGAAAAUGUAGUGUGUUUUGAAGAAGCCUUACUGUUGCCUAUAACUGUUCACCUCACUGUAGAAGAGUCACAAGAAGUUUUACUAAACUCUGGCUCCCUCUAGUGGCCGCAACUCCCCCACGCAGGAACCAAACUCAUUCUACUGCAGCGUUUUAGCUGUCUUUGGAAUUUUGAAAUAAACUGCUUUCCUACAAAAAAAAACAAAAAAAAUUGUGGUCAUUUUAAAUUCACUUACUAGUGGAAUUUUUUUUCAUUAUUUUUUAAAGAAGUGGAUGGCAGCAUGAAAAAAUUUAAGUUUUUGCUUUUUUGUUGGGCUAAAUUUGCUGAAAUUUGAACAUAAUUAAAUAAAAGAACAGCACUUACAGGGCUUUUUUCUAUCUUACUAGAAUGUUUGGUUAUUUAUUCGCAGACUUGCAUGCUCAAGUCAAAGCGUAACCUUAAUGCUGCUGAACUCCUCCGUACACAGCAUGUCCGAGCUCGACCCAAACAUCUGCAGAAACGUGCUACUUUGGUAGAUAUCAGGUUUGGAUUUUCAGGUGUCUUGACUCUGCUUUUGUAACAAAAAAAAGAAAAUGGAACAAAACUGAUUGUUCUUUCGCAUAAAGAAUGUUUGUUGAAGUAAAAGGACUUCUUAAACCUCCAGAUGAAUGUUAACCAUUUGUAAACUAAGAUGGAAGCUUCAGAUCCAUCUAUCCAUCCAUCCUCCCAUUUUGGUAGAUCGAUCCUGACUGUAGAAUGUGUAUGACUUAGCUACUAUGCCUGUAUAGAGCUUUUGUUUGUUUGUUUGCUACAUUGUAUGGCUUUUAUUAUUUCUGAUGAAUAAAAGAUACAUAAAAAUCUAAA